GGGGGGCAGCCGGAGCGCCCUGCCUGUCUCCUCGCUCGUGGGGCAGGCAGCCGGGAGUAGCGGGCAGCCAGGCUCAAGGCAAGCAGCCGGCCCCUCAGCCCCGGCCAGCGGGACGCAGCCAGUACACACCAAAGUGAAAGCCACCCAAAGCAGCAGGAGGAGAGAAGGAGAAGGGAAAACACACACACAAAAAAAGAGGGGAGAAAAGGAAAAAAAGAAGGGUGGGAAAUAGAGGAGGGAAACAAAAAAAAAAAAAAAGGAAGAAAAAAAACAAAAAGAAGAAAAAAAAAAAGGGAAGACAGAAAGGAAAAGGAAAAAAAAAGGAAGAAAGAAAAAAAGAAAAUAGAAGAAAAUAAAAGGAAAGGAAAGCGCUCUCUCGCUUUCCAGAAUAACAAAAUACCUGAUAAAAUAACAUCCUCCAGCUAAAAUCAAGCAGGGACUUGACACACCAAAAAGGCGAAGCGAGGAGGAGAAGCGAGGCAGGGCGCGGGGAAGGCGACGCGGAGCCGCGACCGCUGGCAGGGCAGGCGAGCAGCAUGGCCAGCUCCGGGGCACGGACGGCCGAGCGCUGCCGGCAGCCCCCCGCCUCCCUCCCCAGCCCGUCGCCGCCGCCAGCGCCCACGCCGCAAGAAGUUGAGAGCGGCAGCACCGGCAGCGCCAAGGUGCAGAGGAUGUGCGCGGCGAGGCGGCUGCUGCUGCUGCUGGCUUUCCUGGCCUACGCGCUGGAUUCGGCCGCGGCGUACGGCACGGCGGAGACCCUGUGCGGCGGGGAGCUGGUGGACACGCUGCAGUUCGUCUGCGGGGACCGGGGCUUCUACUUCAGCAGACCGGUGGGUCGAAAUAACCGGCGGAUCAACCGGGGAAUCGUGGAAGAGUGCUGCUUCCGGAGCUGCGACCUGGCUCUGCUGGAAACCUACUGCGCCAAGUCCGUCAAGUCAGAGCGCGACCUCUCCGCCACCUCCUUGGCAGGGCUGCCGGCGCUCAGCAAGGAGAGCUUCCAGAAGCCCUCGCACGCUAAGUACUCCAAGUACGACGUGUGGCAGAAGAAGAGCUCCCAGCGGCUGCAGCGGGAGGUGCCCGGCAUCCUGCGGGCUCGCCAGUACCGGUGGCAGGCGGAGGGGCUGCAAGCGGCGGAGGAAGCCAAGGCUCUGCACCGUCCCCUCAUCUCCCUGCCCAGCCAGCGGCCCCCUGCAGCGAGAGCCUCCCCCGAAACGGCCGGCCCCCAAAAAUGAACCCUGACCAGCCGUCUCGAGUUUUGAUCUCCCGGGGGGAGGGCCGGAGGACUGGCAAAACCCGACUCCCAAACCCCUCCGUCCCCGGGGCCGCCGAGCCGAGAAGCGGGGCGAUGGGGGGGGGAACCCUCACGCCGCUCCGGCCCCAACCAAACAACUGACACAGCAAGAAGGGGACGGCGGCGGCACCGAGCAGCGUCGCUCCCGCGGCAUCGUCCUCUCGGGGUGGUGGUGGGGGGGGUGGUGGGGUGGGGGAGGGUUGUUUCAUUUCCCAGGCCUAUUUCCUUCCCCCGUGCCCCCAGUAUUUCCAAGCCUGUACUUGCAAAGGGACAGUUUGGCACUUGAACUCUUUUUUUUUUGCUGCCGGGCACUGCGUGACAUCCUCAGUGCCAACGCCCGAAGACGAAAGAGCAAGAGGGGGAAAAAAAAAAAGGAUAUGAAGUUAAAAUUUCUUUUUUUAACCUUUUUUUUUUAGUGUUUUUUUUUGUUAUUGUUUGUUUCUUUGUUUUUUCUCAAGAAGGAAGAAGAAGAAUCCAUUCUGUGUCUUUCUUGACAAUAAAGUGAAAAACAAUUUCAUUAAACUGGGGAGAAAUAGUGAGGGAUGAUUUUUCCCCCCCCCUGCCCCCUGCCUCAUUUCCACCCCAAUUUUUUUCUUCCUUCGUGUUUUUGGUUUUGAUUUUUUUUUGGUAGGGUUUUUUUUUGAUGUUUGGUUCUUUUUUUGUUGUUUCCUUCUUGUUUGGUGUUUUUUUUUCCCCCCUGGUGUCUGAGUUUCUUAUUUUUUAUAACUCUUUUUUUGCACCUUUGGAAAGGAAACAAAAAUGUACCUGAGAAAGAAGAUCUGAGGAGCUCCCAUCUGCAUUUUUUUGGUGGUUUUUUUUUUUUUUAUAUAUUUUUAUUUCUUUUAAUUUUUUUGGUGUUUUGUUUUUUUUCUUUUGGUGUGUGUGCUUCAUGACAAGAUUCCAAAUCGACUUGCACCUUUUUGAUGUCAUCGCUGACGUGAGAAAGAGAGGAAGAGGAAAGAGAGAGAGAAAGGGAGAAGAAAAAGGAGAUUGGGGGGGGGGAGGGAGAGAGGGAAAGAAGGAGGGGGAAAAAAUGAAAAAAAAAAAAAGGAAAAAAAAGGAAAAAAGUGAGAAAAAAAAAGGAUAAAAAAGAAGUGAGCUCUGAUGCUCACUUUAAAUGGAGGAGGCGUCUGCAUUGCACAUUUGCCACGGAUUUAGUUGAUUUAUAUAUAUAAUAUAUUAUAUAACUUUUUUUUUUUUUUGGCAAAAAAAAAAGACAAAAGAAAAAAAAAGCACUAUUUUUAUGGGACUUUUUUUUUUGGUGUAGUAUCUGAAGAGGGGUUGUAAUGUUUAAAAUGUGUUAUGGUGCUAAAGUAAGUUGGAAAG